GGAAGGAAGGGGGGAUAAAUCCCUUUUUAAAAAUGGUUAGGUAUGAUCAUCCGUUCGGCGGCACAGGCAGACGCGAGGGUUUUCAUUUCCAUUUCCAUUUACAUUUACAUUUCCAUUCCCCUUUUUGAUUAAUUUAAUUAAUCUUCAAUUAAUUAACUAUUUAUUCCAUCAAUUUAGAUAAUUUCCGCUUCGUCCCUGAUCCCUCUCUGUCUCCUCCCGAGCAGAGCUUUCUCAGGAAGAACCUCCUUUGGUUCUCUCUCAUGGCUGCCUGAACUCUUUCUCUCUCUCUCUCUCUUGGUUUGUCGUGGUUCUGACUCCUUUGUGGUUUUUAAUCUGAAGGAGUAGAAUAUAGUAUGACUAAGAAUGAAGAGUCAGGUAGCCCUGGAUGGAGUGCUUCAUUUUUCAUGCAAACAACAGAAGAUGUUGCAAGAGCUGUUGCUGCUGCAGCAGCUGCUGCCGCCACUGUCCAUACAACACGACCAUCUGUGGUAUUUUCAUCCAAAGAUGAUAACACAAACCAACUCAAAAAACUACAGCGCCAAGUAACCAGAGUACUGAAAGGCUUCUCACAUCCUCCUGAAGUGAAAAGUGGAAAUUAUAAUCCAGAAAUUCUAACUAGCCAAAAGCGCCAAUGGAAGCGUCAAUGGGCAAGAUUUCAGUUGCAAUCCUUGGAUCACAGGUCAUUAAAAGUAUCAUCUAGGCUUUUUGAGAGCAUGGUAGUUGUUGGACUUCAUCCUAACUGUGAUAUUCAAGCUCUUCAAAAGCAGUUCUUUGCAAGAAAGUCUGAAGGUUCUGGGAAAUUUCGCAAUGUGCUUAGCAGUCAGCACCAAUCUCGUGUAGAACCUAACCUUGAACCUCAGGUCUUAUUUGUCUACCCUCCUGAAAAACAGCUCCCACUUAAAUACAAGGAUCUUCUUUCAUUUUGCUUUCCUGGGGGCGUAGAGGUUCAAGCUGUUGAAAGAACUCCUUCCAUGAGUGAAAUAAGCGAAAUACUUCUUGGCCAGGAGCACCUUAAGCAAGGCGAUCUGUCCUUUGUGUUUCGGUUGCAGGUUGCUGACAAUUCAACUUUGUAUGGAUGCUGUGUGUUAGUGGAAGAAUUAGUUCAGAAGCCAUCCAGAUUGAUUUCCAUGAUAUCAGAUAAACAGCCUAUUCACUCCUCUUUGAGCCGUUAUAUCUUAACAACACGCCGGUGUUAUUGCAUUCUGUCAAGGCUUCCAUUCUUUGAAUUGCAUUUUGGCAUAUUGAAUAGCAUCUUCACUGAAGAAAGGCUGGAACGGUUGACAAAAGGUAUUGGUGUUUUAGAUUUGGAAGCACCAGAUGGGAAUCAAAAGGAAGAAGAUUUGGAAGAUGAGUCUGAAGGUGUCUCACCAGCACAAAGAACUGCAGAGGACAAGCCAAAUGGAGUAGCUGAGACAUCACAAUUGAAUUUAAGGAAUUCUGAACUCAUGGAUGAUGGAAGUCCUGUAGAGCAUCAAACAUGUGAGAGAGACAUUGGUUUGCUGAGCAAAGGUGCCAGUGAUAAAUCUGUUGUUUUAGUCGAUUCUGAAACAGAGAUGCUAAAAUCUGAAACUGAUUCUGGAGUUGCAAUACACGUCUCUGAAGCAAGUGAUGCCUACGCAGAUGAUUUCCGGACAAACAAGCAAACAGCAGAAAGGCGCAUACCGGAUGCUGUUUUGCCAUUUCUGCGCUAUUACCAGUCUGAAAGCUCAGAUUCUUCUUCAAGUUUCCAGGGUUCUCUGAGUGAUGAUCGGAAUUUUAGAAGUGAUAUUGAUGAAACAGAGACAGAAGAGGCAUCAUUCUCUGGACAGGAAGAUUCAACUGACCACAGUGAUAUUCUUGAAUGGGCUAAGGCAAACAAUUACGGAUCCUUACAGAUAAUAUGUGAGUAUUACCAGUUACAUUGUCCUAAAAGGGGUUCUACACUUGCAUUCCACCCUUUGGAACACCUGCACCAUCUGGAAUUCCAUAGGCCUGAUGAAACAAUUCUUCACAUUGCUGGGUCAACAAUUGAUUUGAAGUCAUGCAGUACAAGUUUGGAAUUAGCAGAGGCAUACAGUGCACUCUUAGCAGAGGAAGAGGCGACUGCUUUAUCUGUAUGGGCUGUUGCAUGCAUAUGUGGCUCUUUGCGACUUGAGCAUGUGUUAACAUUGUUUGCUGCAGCACUUCUGGAGAAGCAAGUUGUGGUUGUUUGUUCUAAUUUGGGCAUAUUAUCUGCUUCUGUUUUGUCUGUCAUUCCUCUGAUCCGCCCCUAUCAGUGGCAGAGCCUCUUAAUGCCGGUUUUACCAAAUGACAUGCUGGACUUUUUGGAUGCACCUGUCCCUUACAUAGUUGGUGUAAAGAACAAAACUACUGAGGUGCAGUCAAAGUUAACAAAUGUCAUACUGGUUGAUGCUAACAAAAAUCAGGUUAAGUCACCAGCAUUACCACAACUACCUCAGCAAAAGGAGUUAUUUUUAUCCUUGAGCCCUUAUCAUGCAAAGCUUGUGGGAGAGAGUUACUUGGGGAGAAAAAGGCCUAUUUAUGAAUGCACUAAUGUUCAGAUCGAUGCAGCCAAGGAUUUCCUAGCUGUGCUAAGAUCCUAUUUGGAUUCUCUCUGCUCUAACUUGCGUUCUCACACAAUCACAAAUGUUCAGUCUAAUGAUGACAAGGUAUCACUGCUUUUGAAGGAGAGCUUCAUUGAAUCAUUCCCUAGUCGUGAUCGACCAUUUAUGAAGCUUUUUGUGGACACGCAACUCUUCUCUGUACAUACAGAUCUUGUUCUCUCCUUCUUCCAGAAAGAAUAGUGUUGCCAUACAAGUUGUGUUCUGGAGCUUCAGAAAAAAAAAAUCAGCUCACGCGCAGCAGCCCAAGCCGGACGCCUAAGGCAGCAGCCUCUUCAUCUUCCUUUUCCCCGCCUAAGCAUUUUGAGUACACCACAGCAAGCAGCCCUCUCCACUCUGUGUUUUUUCCACUAAUAGAAAUGCCUCACAGCUCCUCUCGCCCAUGUCUGCAGCUAGUGCGGGUCUUCUUCUCUGUUGCGGGCUGUUGUUCUACUCUACUCCUGCUUUGUGUGUGUGUAUAUGUGUUAUUUACAACAUAUUGGGAUUUCUUUUAUUUUGGUCUUUUUGUUGGUUCUUUGGAGCUUUAUUCAGAAUAUUUGGUGAGACAUUUCCAUCUUACUAUAUUUGUUUAUAUACUCUUGUGUAUUUGUAAGACUUAUGCCUUUUGUAUUCACUUUAUACAACAUUUUAGUGGUAGUGAAUUUGGACCAUCGUGCCCCGUGGAUGUAUCUCAACAUUUGAGGGAAUCACGUUAAA